AUAAAACAUCGCUCAUUCGCUGUGUUGUUCCCUAUGUUUUGGAGUACCCAGAUUUUUUUAGUGUAUAUUGAUCAAAAUCGAAGUAUUAACUAGGACCAUGGUAAUACAAAAAUAUUGUGUGAUGCUUUCCAAAUGCGAAGAGACUUGAGAGAAAUGCGUGAUAUUGUGUAAUAUGUGGUUAAUUGUUUUCCUCUGAAGUAAAUAUGGCUGCUGCCAUCCCUAUUUGGAUCCUGUAAAGUCCAAAUGAACUUUUAUGCUUCCAAAACACAGAUUUUUUGAGAGAGCAAUAUGAUCAUUCUACGCCCAGGCUGUGUCUGCACGUCAGGCUGUAGUCUGGGCAAACUAUGAACUUAUUUGGCUGUCUACUUCCAUGUGCCCUGCAGCACAGCUGGUGGAGUGUCGGCAGUGAGCAGUGCAUGAGCGAAGGGUUCACCAGAAGGAUGGGGGUGAAUGCAUCUACCGCACCUGGAGAUGCUGCUAGCAUGGGCAAUGCCGAUUGUACCAACACCUAUAGGGAUACCAUUGGAGUUGUCAGGGAAAGGAAAAAGAAGGUGACAGGCUUCGCGACGUUGAAGAAGAAAUUCAUCCGGCGGCGACGGUCUUCCAAAGCAUGCGACCAUGGAAGGAUGCUUCGUGAGCUGGUGGCAGAUUGGAGUCCAUUGGAAGUGGCUGCUCUCCUAGAAGAAUAUGAAGCUUUGGCGGCGCUGAAAGAUUUAUGUGUUCAAGCUGAAUUGGCCAGACCCCCUGCUGCCACAUUCAAACAAGAUCUCUCCGCUUUGUACGACUUCAAGUACUGUACUGACGCUGAUCUAGUAUACAGGGGUGCUUGUUUUCCUAUACAUCGGGCUCUGUUAUCUGCGCGGUGUCCAUACUUUCGAGAUCUACUAGCAGGCUGUCCAGGGUAUGGUGCCAGAAUAUGUCUAGAGCUCCGUACUGCUACAGUAGAUGUCCAGUUGUUCUCAGCACUGUUAAGAUAUUUGUACACCGGUGAUAUAUGUCCUCAUAAUACGAAUAUUGAUAUGAACCUUCUUCGAAGACUGAGGGAAGAAUUUGGUACUCCCAAUGCUCUUGAAGCUGAUCUGCGAUAUCUAUUAGAAACAGGAGACUAUGCUGACGCUGCGUUGGUCUUCACGUCAGAUGGUACUGACUGCCAAAGGCCAGACUCGGGUAGUUCCGAAUACGGAUUCAGGCCUAAACUGGAACUGCCCUGUCACAAAGCUAUACUAUCCGCUAGAUCUCCCUUCUUUAGGAAUCUGUUGCAAAGGCGAUCCAAGAGCGGCGAGGAACACACAGAGAGAGCACUGCACAUUCCUACUAGGAUCGUUUUAGAUGAGACUGUUAUCCCAAAAAGAUACGCCCGAGUCCUUCUGCAUGCGAUAUAUUUGGACCAGGUAGAUCUCUCUCUGAUAUCACGCGUUGGUUGUGGUGGCGGCCUUGGUGAAGCUCAGGCCCUUGCGCACACAGGCAGGGCCAGGCCAUCUCCUCUUGAAGAAGCCAUGGAACUGUACCAGAUCGGAAGGUUUCUUGAACUAGAUAUUUUGGCUCAAGGUUGUGAAGAUUUGAUCCUAGAAUGGUUGAGUUUGGAUACACUGCCUGCGGUGUUACAGUGGGCUAGACAGCCCCAUGGAUCAGCUUGGGUCCAUAGACAGGCACUUCAUUUUCUGCGCGAGGAAUUCCAACCAGUAGCACAGUCGCCGGUUUUACAUCAACUGGACAAAGCACAUUUGAUCGAGGUACUCAAAAGUCCAUUCCUACAAGCUAGUGAACUGGAGGUACUUCAUGCGGUGCUUAAGUGGGGAGAAAACGAGCUCGUUAGAAGAAUGGAGGAUAGAGAACCGAAUAUUGUGAGUCAUACGGCGCACUCCGUGGCGCGGAAGGGCGUGAAAAAACGCGACCUGAGCGAUGUGGAAUUGAGGGAGAUCCUCUCCGAUUUGCUGCCUCUAGUCAGGAUGGACCACGUGCUGCCGCCUAACAGUGAUAUUUUGAACCACGCGAUCAGACGGGGAUUGGUCAGCACCCCACCAAGCCACAUGAUUGGCGGAGAUCGGGAGAAUCUGAGAGUGAACGCUUGGAUUAGGGGCGGAAAGAACAACGGAUUGUUCGUGCAACCAAGGCUGUUCAUGCCAUAUUACGAUGAGGUCAAGGUCCUCGUUGAAGAUCAGCUGGUGCAGGAGGUGGAAAUCAUGAGGAUCAGAAGGGCUCGAUAUAUGCAGGACAUUCCAGAUACCUUGUAUAUGGUGGAGGAGAAGCCAAGACCUCACGGCCCAGCCGGAGUGGAUGUGUUAGCUUCAGCCUUGCCAGUGCCAGAUCCGGCUGUGAUGAACGCAAUGUUGAAACGGGAACAGAAACUUCGCCAAUCACCUAGUUGCCAACGUGCUUUGAACAUGCCAUUAUCUUCGCGUCACGAAAUCAACCGACAAAUUCGAUUGAGGGUCGUUCGCGAAUUCAAUUUGCCAGAUCCUGUGGCAGAUAUGCUCGAAAACUGCUACUGCAUGCCCGAUCAUGGCGGUAACGAAUCGAUGCAGAUAUCGCCGAAUAAGCCCGUGAUGGGGCCUUCGCACGGCCCCCAUUCUUGUUACGGAAACGGAAAAACGAUGAGUUUCCCGCGAGCCGGAUUCGUGCAGAGACAAGAACUGCCCGCAGUCGUACCGGACGGAGAUUUCAGAUUUUCCACGGAACAGGAAAGCAGCUCUUGCAGUGAUGGCCACCUUUCUGAUAUCAUGCCAGACGUCGCCAUGGCUACUGCCGCUAUCAAUCAGAUACAGUUGCAAGACCAGCAGGAGAUGGAAUUGGACUUAGGAGAUGGGAACACUCGUAUACAUAGUGCAAUGGGAGGUAGCCAGUUGCUUGGAGGCUCCCUGCAUCAUCCCAUGUCUUAUCGGAGGUACCAACCUUCAACGUUUCCACACCUUAGGUCCGAAUCCCAGUCGUAUAAUCCGCUAAUGCCCAGGUUUCUAUAGUUUUAACAUCUUCGCUUACAUGUUAUGUACAUAAAGCGUUCUCACCCUGGUGAUGUUUUUACGAAUGCCUCAUUUACUGUAUACCCACUUUGGAAAGUGAUUCAAGAUCAUUGACGAAUCUUAGUUCCAUAAAACUCUAUUUAAACCUCAGUCACUCGAUCUACGCUUCCCGCUGCCUGCCCAGGCAUUUGUAGCUUGCUGGCCGAUAUCAAUCAAGUUAGCCUUUAACCGUGAAGGCCUCACGUCCCUUUUUUCGCUUUUUAUUUGGGCCAAUGUCACUUUUAGUCUUAACACGCCUUGUGGUAUCAAGUCAUACCGUCUGUCUCUCAAACCCCUAAUAGUAGAUGCGUCAAUGUUUGCUCCAUACUUUUACGAGUCCAUUAGACCUGGUUGUGAGACGAAGGUAAUUGCAGAUUUGAGUGAUUCAGCUCUGGCAGCUUCUGUACCUAAAAAUAAGGUAAGGACCUAGAAACUCGGCCAUGGCAAUCGGGAGUACAUUAUUAGCUCUUGGUACUUUACCAUCCUCGGAGUAGUAGCGCCCGAAGUAUAGGUACAUAGCAAUACUUGGAGCUGAUGUGCCGGUCCAGGUGUCAAUGAACGGAUCGGCGUUGCAAAAUCUGAGGAACAGGCGUCGGUACACUGGUGACGAUUCGAGGUAUUUAUUGUAAAAGGCAGAGUUCUCUGCCGGACCCUGAAUUAUUAAUGUUCCAUUCGCGAUUCCUGCCUGUGAUGGAGAGUGACUGCCAGAACGUGUUGUUUAUAUAGGUAUCCGGUAAAUAGUACGACAACAAAAUAGGGACGAUGGGCGAAGGGCAGAUCUGCAACAUACCAAAAAAUGACCCUAGUAAAAGUUUCACUGUUUUUGAGGUAUUAAUUUUUUUGAAAUAACAGAAUAUCUGUUUGUUUUUUUUUGCAAAAUAUUCUCAGAUUGUUGGUCUGCCAUUUGAAAUGUCAUUUUGGAUAAAAAUACAAGUAGGUAAACUUGACAAACCAAUUUCUUCUUUGUAAUUUUUAUUUUAGAAACUUUUACUAGGGUCAUGUUUGGUAUGUUGUAGAUCUGCCUUUCGUCUUCCCCAUUUUUUGUCGUACUAUUUACCAGGUGUUUGAAAACAAUCAGUUCAAAGCGUGUAUAUCUGUAAUUUUUGAGGUAUUGUAAAAUCGUCUUAUUGGGACGUAUUACUAUGAUUAUUAAUAUUGGUAAUAAUAUAAAACUGUGAUUUUCUGUGAAAAGACCAUUUCUAGUUUUUAACUUAAUUUAUUGGAUGAUAUUACGAGUAGCACUGGAUGAGAAUGAGAUGUUAUGCCAUUUCAUAUUUUAACACUUUGGCUGUAUGCAUUGCAAUAAUUCUUAAAUAGCGAAAAAAACAAAAUUAACAUGAGCAUUUGUUCACAAAGUAGUGAACACGUAAAGUAAAUUGCAAAGACCAGCCCGUUUAUUAUUUCUGGCAGUUGUGUUGAAAAUUUGCAUCGAAUGCUCUACUGGUAUCUUUUUUAUCAUUUAAAGUCUAAUUUAGUACUCUCACACUAAUUUAACUAACUUAUUACAAAUUUAUUACUAUGUCGACUGGACUAUGCUAUUUCGCGCUGCUGACUCAUCAGCCGCUGCCGGUCGACUCUGACUACCUGUCACUGCCCUCUGUGCGUGUAUUUAGCUGCAAAUCGAAGAGUCAGAAGCGUUCUAGACAGAACUCGAGUGCUGUUUCAAAGCUGAUAGAUGGCGGUCGCGUAACUCUGGUUGCGUAAGCGUCGAUGUUACGAGGCUGUCUCAUUGUUACUCAUAGUCCAGUCAAGAAGGCGUUACAGUACAUAUCUGCGCAUUAUUGUUCUAGGCAGAACUCGAGUGCUGUUUCAAAGCUGAUAGAUGGCGGUCGCGUAAUUCUGGUUGCGUAAGCGUCGAUGUUACGAGGGUGUCUCAUUGUUACUCAUAGUCCAGUCAAGAAGGCGUUACAGUACAUUAUCUGCGCAUUAUUGUUCUAGACAGAACUCGAGUGCUGUUUCAAAGCUGAUAGAUGGCGGUCGCGUAAUUCUGGUUGCGUAAGCGUCGAUGUUACGAGGGUGUCUCAUUGUUACUCAUAGUCCAGUCAAGAAGGCGUUACAGUACAUUAUCUGCGCAUUAUUGUUCUAGACAGAACUCGAGUGCUGUUUCAAAGCUGAUAGAUGGCGGUCGCGUAAUUCUGGUUGCGUAAGCGUCGAUGUUACGAGGGUGUCUCAUUGUUACUCAUAGUCCAGUCAAGAAGGCGUUACAGUACAUUAUCUGCGCAUUAUUGUUCUAGACAGAAUUCGAGUGCUGUUUCAAAGCUGAUAGAUGGCGGUCGCGUAACUCGGGUUGCGUAAGCGUCGAUGUUACGAGGGUGUCUCAUUGUUAUUCAUAGUCCAGUCAAGAAGGCGUUACAGUACAUUAUCUGCGCAUUAUUGUUCUAGACAGAAUUCGAGUGCUGUUUCAAAGCUGAUAGAUGGCGGUCGCGUAAUUCUGGUUGCGUAAGCGUCGAUGUUACGAGGGUGUCUCAUUGUUACUCAUAGUCCAGUCAAGAAGGCGUUACAGUACAUAUCUGCGCAUUAUUGUUCUAGACAGAACUCGAGUGCUGUUUCAAAGCUGAUAGAUGGCGGUCGCGUAAUUCUGGUUGCGUAAGCGUCGAUGUUACGAGGCUGUCUCAUUGUUACUCAUAGUCCAGUCAAGAAGGCGUUACAGUACAUUAUCUGCGCAUUAUUGUUUCUUUACUCAUAUGGUGAGGCUCAUUGGUACUCAUGAUAUCAUGAAAGCUGUCAAUCAGCUGUAGCAAACUUUCAACUUUGCAGAUGGGUGGCUGACUUCCUCUAUAGCCGCAAGAUACAGUAGCGGACAAAAGUUUGGAAACAUUUUAAGUAAUUUUUAAAAAGUGCGCUAAUUUUUUAUUCUUUAUUAUUAAGGAAUAUUUUUUUUCUCAUAUAGUUUGAGGAUACAAAUGACAAUAUGUAUUUGCUGUGGUACUACAGACUAGCAUUAAAAUACCUUCAUAUUAUUUUAUGAGCGAAAAUGAGACGACAAAAGUAUAGAAACAUAUUUUUUAUUACAAAAUUAAAUACAAUAACUCUACAAAGAUAUUUGAAAAAUACUGUUUCACAUUCAAUACUGCCUGACAUCCUCAUAGAAGACCAAUUUUUUUACAGACGUCUGUUGGGAUAUUUUGCCAGAUAUUUUAUGCAUAAUCAAAUAAAUCGUUCAUAUUUUUAAAAGUUCUUCUUGUCAGUUGUCUUCUAACAUGCUCUCAGAGAUGUUCUAUAGGGUUUAGGACCGGGGAUUGCGAAGGCCAUGUAGGAACAUGAACAUUUUGUAGUCUUAACCAGUCCUUUACGAAUUUUGAGGUAGGCUUGGGGUCAUUAUCUUGCUGGAAUGUCCAUCGUAAAGGCAUUUCUUCUUCAGCAACAGGGAGCAAGAAUAUCUUUGUAAAGUUUUUGAUCCAUUUUCCCAACAAUUAUAAUAAUUGGACCCUUUCCAGAACUAGAAAAACAGCCCCAAACCGUGAUGUUGCCUCCAGUUUCUGUGAAUCAAUUUGCUUUAAAAUUUCAACAAACGGUGCGAUCAGAAUUUUAAUCAUAAAAUUGUUCCAUCAAGCAAAGAGUUUUCGGGAUAUUGCUAAACAAAUAAACGUCUCAAAGUCUAGGGUGGCAGAUAUUGUAAAAAAGUAUGGUGACACAGAUUCAACUCAAGUUUCAAGACACGGUGUUGGUAGGCCACGUAAGAUCAGUCAUAAAAUGCAAAGAUCUCUUGUUCGGGUGGUCGAUGGGAAAAUAUAAUGAAGAAACAGCAGGAAAUGUUUCACGAGAAACGUGCCGUCGGUGGAUUCAUAAGUCUGGUUUAAAUUUUUUGAGGUACGUCGGUUGCUUUUAAGGGACAUAACUGGCAUAUUUAUUUAGUAAAAUGUGAUGCUUGGGGAGCCAAAGUGUUAAAAUCAAUUUAAUUGAACUAUGUAUUCUGUAUCAAUGUACCUGUGAGUGUAUCGUUCUUAGUAUUGCUGUAUCGCUGUUAACUUGUAAAUACUGUGACUGGUUCAAAGCGAAAAAUGUUUCAAUGAGUGCAAAGGGUACUUAAUGUUUUGCUGGUUCCAAUAAGGGCUUUUUCCAAAUAUACUUUAUAUAGAAGUGAAUUCGAUUCCCAUUUAGCAUGUAUUGUCAAGAAAUAUACUACUUGAGUGACGUAGACAAAAACAACAAACAGUAAUAAUAAACUUAUUACGACAAUUUUUGAAUUAGUUAGGUGAGUAAUUUCAGUUCGGUUCAAAUCGACUUGAUAUCAUAAUUGCAAAAAUUGAGAAUCUGGUCUUUCACUUGUCGCCUGUUCACACUUGCAGUCCCGUAGAACCAAAAACCUAAGGCGGCUAUUUUGGUGUUGGUGCAGUUCUUCUGAUACACCUUGUACAUCUAACCCUUCGUGUGCGGCCUUCCUGAUCUUAAGCCCGACAACAAACCACCAUCGUAUUUAGACUUCUAGCUUCUAGCCCCAUACAAGCCCACUAUUCGCCCCCUGCUAAGAUGUUCAACAUUAUUUCGUCCUCUCACCUUAGGCAUAAUGAAUAGAUUGAAGCAGCUCGUCACAACCUAUCUAUCAAUGACCAAAUGCCACUUGUACACUAAACACAACUAUGGCUUACUUACUUUUUCAAACAAGACGAGAAGAGAUAUAGGCAGCAGCGGUGGCCGCAGUAGUAGACUCUUCGGUCUCCUGAUCAGUCGCCGUGCGCUGUGCGGGUUCGAAUCCCGUCCCAGGUGAAAUUUUUCUCUUGGCUGUGGAUGUUGUGAUUGUCCGUACGUGGUAGACGGUUUCUGACUGUCGAACGCGGAGGUACCACCCGGCGGAUCUCGCAGGUGGGGCCUGAAUGUGUGCAUGUUGCAUGCACACGUGUUCCCUUGCCGGAAUCCGUGUGGCGUUCCCCCUUUCCCCUGUAUCCCCCUAUAGCCCCACGGUGCCCAAUGGAUGUUUAGGCCUUCGUGGUAGUUGGAGUAUAAAAAAAGACGAUAUCACGGAUACCACGAGGACGAUAUUUUUGAAAACAUAUACCUAGAAAAUCUUUGUACUGAACUGAAUUUUCAACCAUGUAUAUCGGAAAGGAAACGACUUACAAAUACAUGGAUAUUAAGGUGAAACGAAUUUACUUCUAUGUGUUCGCCAUUUUCUGUGUAGAAUAGUCCAAACAUAUUUUUAUUCUUGUUGAUCUCUCAACAAUGGUACGUUUGUUUCGAUUCAUGCUUUAACACUGACUGCUAAGGAUUACAUUCCUCGAAUUUUCUAAUUAGUUUUAUUCCUACACUAUUUAUUUACCCUUAGGGUUCAUGGAUCCACUGUUUUUUCGGAAUAAAUUGAUAAAUGAUUUCCCUCAAUUGAGUGGUUUUUUUGUUAUUAAACAUGUAAAGUUUUGUUUUUAUUUAGCAUUCCGAUUUCCAUGAAUGAUAAGCAACUAAUUCGACUGAACAUUUACUUUGUAUAUUUUGUAAAUAAGUUUAGCGUUAAUUUACAUUUUGUCUCAUAGAAAACACAAUAGUAUGAUUUUGUACAAUGUUUCUUGAAAUUAGUUUAUAAAAAAUAUGUAUACACUUCAGUUUUAAUUUUUUCAUACCUUAUAUGGAACUAUAUUUGGUUUGUGCAAUUGUAUGCAAGUUGUCAUCUGCUAAAAAAUCUAGAAAGUUGUCCCUUUAUCAACUUUGUUGCGCUCAUCACAGUGCUGUUUAUCAAAUUUAUUAAUUUAUUAUUCUUACCCUGAAAAAGGUUGGCUGCAUAUGACGAUUUCGAAAAAGUUUUAAUAUUAAAUUGGUACUUUGUACAUCAUCUACCGUUUCAAAUAUGAGUAAGCACUCCAUUCUUAUCAUGCCAUCCUACUAUAAUUCUUUAUCUACAUUUUGGACUAUUGUCCUUUCUAUGAGACCAUCCGGUUUGUUUGCAGAACUCAAUAUUAUUUACAUAAUCAAUUCUUCCUAAUUGAAAUAAUAGCGGGUGAUUGGAAAUAUAUAGACAGUCACCAAAAUGUACUACUGUUAUAAAGUGCAAUUUUUCUUUUGAAAUUGUGUAACCAUGUUAAAUUUUGGAACUAUUAAUGGAAAUAAACUGUUUUCGUUCCGUUUUCGUUUUUGUUUUAUUUUGAUAAAGUUCGACCACUCUAACACAAGCCUUCGCCCACAAAUCGUCACAAACUCGAAACAUUAUUUUUUGUUAGCAUCCCCAAAUGCAUCAAAAUCGAUCCAAUGAUUUCUGAGACUACUCGUAGACAAAACAGCUACCGAUAGAC